UUAUAUAUAUAAACCCACAAAGCUAAACCCAAAGCCGAAUUCUUUCCUCUUCUCCUCCCAUUCAAAAACCCACAAGAAUUAGAAACUCCAAAAUAGAGAAUUCAAUAUAUUAGGAGACGAAGACGAUAGACAAACCAGAAACGGAUAAACCCUAAUCUGAUUUAACAUGGUUUAAUAUGCGCAUAAAAUUGGACGUAUGUAUAUAAAUUGUUUGGUUAUUAUUCUAAGGGGGAAAGGAAAAGGAGUAAUUGUCAUGUCGAAGAUUGCGGAGACGCAGAAGAAGACCGCAUGGAGUACGUGGGAGGAGCUGUUGUUGGCGUUUUCCGUGAAGCGGCACGGGCUCAAGGACUGGGACUCCGUGGCUAUGGAGCUCCGGAACCGGAGCUCUUUGCCUGCCCUCCUCACCGCUCAAAUUUGCGAAGAGAAAUACCGCGACCUCCAACGUCGUUUCACCAAUAGCGAUACGAUUGUCGAGGAGGACGACGGUAGAGGUGGCGGCGGCGGCGACGUCGUUAUUCCCUGGCUCGAGGACUUGCGGCAGCUCCGCGUCGCCGAACUCAAACAAGAGGUCCAUCACCGCGAUCUCUCGAUCCAGUCUUUGAAGUUGAAAGUGAAGCGGAUGGAGGAGGAGAGAGAGCAGAGCAUGAAGGAGAGGCAGGAAAAGGCCAUGAAGCCAGAUCUGGAGGACGGUAGAAAGGAGAAUUCGGCCAACGAUGCGACGGACGGCGGAGGAGAGAAGCUAGAUGGAAUCGUAGGGGAGGUCGUCUCCGGCGGUAACUCCGCCCAUGAAAACCGUUCGUUUAACGAGUCGAAUUCCGUGGAGAAGCGUGAACCGGAUCCGGUUCACGUAACCGAGACUAAACCGGAUCCGCAGGCAAAGCCGGCCAGGGAGAACUCGUGCAAAGAUAGUUCGGAUCGGCACGAGGCGUCCAAGACACGUCAGGAAAGCAAAGGCAAUGACGUGCCAAACGACGAGAGGAAGGAAGGCAGUGACGUGGAAAGCUCCGCCUGCUUAAAGAUGAAGCGGCGGAAGCGAGGGGAAGCGGCCGGCGGAGAACAAGUGGCAGCGAUGUGGUCUCCCGCCAAACGGGCGGGCGCAGUGAAAUCAGAACCGUUGGUUAGGCUUUUAGAUGUUAUCCGGUCUCACAAACAUGGCUCGGUGUUCAAGCGCCGGCUCCAGGUUCAGAAAACAGCCAAGUAUAAGAGCAUAAUCCGGCGGCACGUUGAUCUUGAAACGGUUCAAGCGCGGAUAGAUGACGGCUCCUACUCUUCCUGCUCCACCAAGUUCUACUUGGAUCUCUUGCUGCUCUUCAACAACGCCAUUGUCUUCUUCCCCAAGUCAUCUCCGGAGUCGAUAGCAGCCCAUCAACUCCGCAGCCUUGUCAUGAAGGAGCUCAAGAUCAAGAACAUGAACAACCAAACCCCAUUAUCAUCAUCAACGACGCCUCCUCCUCCCACCAAGGCUCAACCCGACCCCGAACAAGAUAGCUCCGAUUCUUUGCUUCGUUGUACAACGGCGGCCCCUAUUGUAGUAUGCCGCAGGAGGAGCUCCAUUUCAGCUAAAGCUACUGCAGCCCCUGGUGAUGACACGAGUCCAAAGGAAGACGACAGCCUCGCGAAGCUAAAGAUGAAAGAAAGGUCGCCUGUGACGCGUGUGCGGAGCAUGAGGAGGACUAGCAAAGGCCGCCUGAACCUGAACCACUCACAACCUACCAAACAACCCGACGAAGAAGAAGAAGAAGAAGAAGAAGUUGCAAAGGCGGAGAAGAAGAAGAAGAAAGAAGAAGUUAGUAGCAUAGACAAGAAGCGAAAGGCCGCUGACUUCUUGAAGAGGAUUAAUAAGAGUUCCCCUACAAAGGAGACGUCGUCGAUGGAUACGCAAAAGAAGACUCCGCGCGACGGGAGGAGACAGCUGAAGAGAAAUGCCACGAAAAAGAAAGACGGCCCAGCCACGAGGCAAAACGCCGCAAAAAAGUCCAAGGAGGAGGAGAGCUUUCCAGUAAAAAGGAGAGUGGGGCGACCUCGGAGAGAUGCAGCGUCCGACAAGCUUGUGAAGGAACAAGACAAGGAUGAUUAUUCCAAACGACCAAAGAAACGCAUUAGGAGCUAAAACUCGAGUGUAGGACACCUUAAUUUAGUGUAAAUUAUUUAGUGCCGUACUGUACUAGAUAGGCUUGUUUCACACACAAUUCAAAUCCUCCUAGAACAAAUCAGAUUUGGGGAUUAACUAUGUUUUUGGUGGAAAUUACGUUACACUCAUUCUUGACGUGACGAGAUGAAAUUAAUGUCAUCAACUUUUAAAACAUUGGUGCGCUAAUUUCGUUCCGCCACAUCAUGAGUGCACAAUGAAUACAAAUUGUUUUUUUUUUUGUCUUA